AUGCCCGGCCGUUCGAGGACGUAUUGGUCUGCGGACCGUGUCCAGGGUGGCUCCGGCGGGGAUCAACCCACCCUGACAGAGCACCCUCCGGAGUAUCUACAUUCCAAUGAUAUCUCCAGCCUGUCGCCGUCGGAGCUGGCGUUGAAGGUUGGCGCCCUGAUUAUGCUGAUCCGGAACCUACGUCAAGAGGACGGCCUCUGA